AUGGGUUUCGUGUCGCACGGCCCCGGCCAGGACAGAAAAGAAGGACGAACUAUCGUGUACCCCUGGAUGGCGUAUAACCCUACUGCCGGAUCCCGCUGGCGUUUCGUGCCUAAUGGCCAAUCCGGGUCGACAUGGUUCAUGGCCUUGUCAUGCGCCCUCACCCAACGUCAUGGCAACUGGCACCAGCAGCCCAUUCUCGUCUGGUCACACACUGUACGCGUAGCAGCAACGCCUGGCCAUGAGAGGAGGUUGGAUGUGCAGCACCAGCGGUACAGGACUGCUACUACCGUGUACCACGUAACCGUCUGGUCUCCACUACCCACUGCGCCAGCACCAGCAAUCCGCGUGCUUUGUGUAAGGCGAUCAAGGAGAUCGACGACACCCUUGCUUUUUGCCUUCGACCAAGUGUUUCUCACCGGCCUGCAGCCUGAUCAGCCCUGCUACCGAUGCCCUCUGCCUCUCUGA